AUGGCCGAACCAAUACAAGCAACAUACAAGCGCAUCAUCAUCUGCUGUGAUGGCACCUGGCUCGCAGCGAACACCGGCAAUGGUUCCGCGCCUUCCAAUGUCGCCAAGCUUGCUCGUGCUGUUGCCCCGACCGGCAUCAAUGUCGAUGGGCAGCUGGUCAAGCAAGUCGUGUUGUAUCUUUCUGGCCUGGGAAGUACCAGUCUCCCUGUUGCGAUGGCGAUAGAAGGCGGUUUGGGAUGGGGUCUUGAUCUGGACGUGACGGAAAUCUACGACUUCAUUUCUAACAACUAUGAGCUCGGCGAUGAGCUGUUCUUCUUUGGCUUCUCGAGAGGCGCAUUCACUGUCCGCUCAGCGGUGGGCCUGAUCUCCAGUGCAGGCAUUCUUUCUGCGGUGAACAUGUCGUACUUCCAUGACAUGUGGUUAGCAUAUCGACGAAGGACAGGCUCGUUUCAGGACACGGCAUGGUACCAUGAAAACAGUAAAAAGCUCAAGUUGACUGCAUCCCAAGUCCCCAUCAAGAUUGUGGGUGUGUGGGAGACGGUGGGAGCCCUCGGUGUUCCGGAGUGGCCUGGCGUAAAAUUACUUCAGAAGAUAGGCGUGCCGCUGAACCAGGAGUACGCUUUCCAUGACACCGGGCUAUCGAACAACAUCGAACGUGCAUUCCAGUCCCUCGCUCUGGACGAGAAGCGCAUCACUUUUCCGCCCACCAUGUGGCACAAGACGUCUGACAAGCAACAUCUUGAACAAUGCUGGUUCCCAGGUGUCCAUGCUAACAACGGCGGUCAGGCCGAGUACCCAUUGCGCUGCUCGGAUAGAAGCGAACUUGCAGCCAAUACACUUGCCUGGAUGAUUGACAACAUUGGAACCGCACUGACCUUUGAGAACGCCGCGCUCGACAUGAUCGUCUCCGAGCACUCACAAGCUCUUCUACAGAACGGCAUCCCGGACGGCUGGGGCUGUGGCAAGAUCAUUGACAACUUCGCUGGUCUACAAGGUGCAUUCUUCCGACUUCUUGGCCAAAGUACACGCACUCCCGGAGGGUACAGUGAUACACCAGGUGCAACGAAUGAGUUCAUGCACCCUAUCGUGCGGUAUCGGAAGGAGCAAGUCUCAAGCUGGAAGCCACCUUCACUUGCUGGGUUCCACUUCGAGGGGCCUGGAAAUAGUAGCUCCAAGAAGAUUGUGUGGGCUAAGUUGGGACAGAAGGCUAUGUCGGAGUAUGUGAUGAGCCCGGCGAAGACUCUUGCGGUUUCGUGUGUAGCCGAUGAUGGAAGUUGGACGUUUGCCGAGAGGAGCAGUCUGGCGAGGCAGUUAUGUCCGCUCAGUGUGCUGGAGAAGUUGGAUGGUGAGGCGGGUAUGAUUUAAUAGGCGGGUACACUUACAGAGAG